GUUGAGGACAGAACCGACAUGUUACCAAAAUCCAGACGAGCUCUCACCAUUCAAGAGAUCGCAGCACUGGCCAGAUCUUCACUUCAUGGAAUCUCACAGGUGGUCAAAGAUCAUGUGACGAAGCCCACAGCGAUGGCGCAGGGCCGCGUGGCGCACCUGAUCGAGUGGAAGGGCUGGAGUAAACCCAGCGACACGACCAACGCUCUGGAGACACACAUCACAUCAUACUCACACCUGAGUGAGGGAGAGCAGGAGGCACGAUUCGCUGCCGGCGUGGCGGAGCAGUUUGCUAUUGCAGAGGCUAAACUUCGAGCCUGGUCUUCAGUGGAUGGAGACGAAUCUAAUGACGAUUCCUAUGAUGAAGAUUUUCUACCUGCAAAUGAGCCCGUUACACAGAGCACAGACCUGUCCUCAUACCCUCAUUACCUGCGGGAUCUCCUCCAGACUCACCUGCGGGCUCCAGGUGUGUGUGAGGCCGAGAGCGGCGUCGGCGCUGACCUUUCACCUCCUGUGGGCUCGCCAGGGUCGCCAUGCGACACCCUCUGCUCCAGCAUGUGCAGUUUGGACGAGAGACACCCACUGCUGCGGGACAUCGGGCGUCAAGGGGACUCACCAGCUGCAGAUCUCACCGCUAAAAUCCUCGGCGCUCUGCAGGGAGGGGAGGAGCUACUGUUAGCACGUCUACACAGGGCGGGGCUCAGACGAGGCCACUCCCCUUGUUGCUUGGAAACAUAUUCUGAGACAUUCGAAGAUGAGGACUCUACUUACAAGGACUGUGGGGGCGGAGUCUGUCUCCCGCCAGAAUAUUCGCCACGGAGAAAAGUGUCGGACGUGGCAUCAUCUGGCAUCGUUUCGCUCGAUGAAGAAGAUGUGGAUGAGGAAGAGCGAGAGCAGCAGUGACGCAUCUUCGUUUGACAUCACGUGCAUGUUUAAUUUUGGACUCCGCCCACUGAUUUGCAUUUUGCUCCGAGUACAACUUUCGCUCUCGAGGUUUGACCUUUAAUCGAGUAUUUGAGGUGGGAAAACAUUGACUCUGAAUGCCAGACUGAAAAUUUCGUUCUCAGGCUAAACGAAAAAAUGCAUCUUGAUCCUAAAAACUCCGCAAAAAGGAGGAACGCAAGACUUGCGUUUGGUGGUUUGACCUUUAAACAUGUCGUUUUGUUAUUGAGGUGGAAAGCGCUAACUUUGAACGUGAGAGCGAAUCUUUCAUUGUCAGGCUAAUUAAAAAUGCAUCUUGAUGAACUUAAACUUGACGAACUGAAAACCAAACGCAGAAUGUUUUACGAUGGAAGAAUGUAAGACUUGGUCUUUAUUAUAUUUAUAUAUAAUGGUGGAAAAACAGUGUUCAAUUGCAAAAGUGAAUCAUUUGCCUUCAGGAACAGGAUCAUUUAAUUUUGGCGAAUGAAAAACGAAUUCACAGGAUUUUGCAGAGGAAAAAAAAGGCAUUUUACGCCAGUCGCAACUUCUGCUCUGGUGGUUUGACCUUUAAUGGUGUAUUUUUGUUAUUGAGGUGGAAAAUGUUGACUUAGACGUGAGAGCGAGUCUUUCAUUCUCAGGCUAAUUAAAACUGCAUCUUGACUGCAUCGAAAAAUAGAAGAAUGUAAGACUUGGUCUGGAAAAACAGUGUUUAAAUGCAAAAGUGAAUCUUUUGUCUUCGGGAUUAGGAAAAUUGGUGACUCUUUAGAAUAACUACACACUAUGAACCAUUUAUUAAGCAUUAGCAAAUAGUGAAUUCAUAGUGAA